CAGACAGGGUCUGGUCACCAGCUUCAGGAAAACUGGGGUAGUUGUAGGGCUCAAGCUGUGGAAGCAGCAGCAGUUUGCUGACUCUAGAUCAUAGUGGUGCGCCCUUGAAAUCAACAUCCAGGAGCAGAUUUCUAUCUUCCUGUCCACCAAUUUUCUCCUGCCUUUGGUUAGACCUAUGAUCAUUCCCGUGAGGCUUCCCUGAAUGUUUUCUUGUGUCUUCCUUGUUCUUAAUCUUAAUACCUCAAUAUGGACCUGCUACUUUAACUAAGACACGACCAGCAAUGAGUAGUAGUAAGAUAUGUGCUGAUUAGAAGGCUCACUUGUGCAGUGUGGAGGAUAAGCAGUGCCUUACAAAAAUGGGGUUUGGGAGUGACCUGAAGAACUCACAUGAAGCUGUGUUAAAAUUACAAGACUGGGAAUUACGAUUGCUGGAAACAGUGAAGAAAUUUAUGGCUCUGAGGAUAAAAAGUGAUAAAGAAUAUGCAUCUUCUUUACAGAACCUUUGUAAUCAAGUUGAUAAGGAAAGUACUGUCCAAAUGAAUUAUGUCAGCAAUGUGUCCAAGUCUUGGCUACUUAUGAUUCAGCAGACCGAACAACUUAGUAGGAUAAUGAAGACGCAUGCAGAGGAUCUAAACUCUGGACCCUUACACAGGCUUACCAUGAUGAUCAAGGACAAGCAGCAGGUGAAGAAAAGUUACGUAGGUGUCCAUCAGCAGAUAGAGGCAGAGAUGAUCAAGGUUACAAAAACAGAAUUGGAGAAAUUAAAAUCCAGUUAUAGACAAUUAAUAAAAGAAAUGAAUUCUGCCAAAGAGAAAUAUAAAGAAGCUUUAGCUAAAGGGAAGGAAACAGAAAAGGCCAAGGAACGUUAUGACAAAGCUACAAUGAAACUUCAUAUGUUGCAUAAUCAGUACGUAUUGGCACUAAAAGGGGCACAGCUUCAUCAGAAUCAGUAUCAUGACACCACACUUCCUCUGCUUCUGGAUUCCUUACAAAAGAUGCAAGAAGAGAUGAUAAGAGCUCUAAAAGGAAUAUUUGAUGAAUACAGCCAGAUAACCAGUCUUGUUACAGAAGAAAUAGUGAAUGUUCAUAAGGAGAUUCAAUUGUCAGUUGAACAGAUAGAUCCUAGCACAGAAUACAAUAAUUUCAUAGAUGUUCACAGAACAACAGCUGCUCAAGAACAAGAAAUUGAGUUUGAUACUUCCUUAUUAGAAGAAAAUGAAAACCUUCAGGCAAAUGAGAUCAUGUGGAAUAAUUUAACAGCAGAAAGUUUGCAAGUAAUGUUGAAAACUUUAGCUGAAGAACUUAUGCAGACACAGCAGAUGCUUCUAAACAAGGAGGAGGCUGUCCUGGAGCUAGAGAAGAGAAUUGAAGAGUCUUCUAAGACCUGUGAAAAGAAGUCUGAUAUUGUGCUUCUGCUAAGCCAAAAACAGACACUUGAAGAGCUGAAACAAUCGGUCCAACAGCUGAAAUGCACUGAGGCAAAGUUUGCAGCACAGAAAGAAUUACUAGAGCAAAAAGUACAAGAAAAUGAUGGAAAAGAGCCACCUCCAAUAGUAAAUUAUGAAGAAGAUGCACGAUCAGUUACAUCUAUGGAAAGAAAAGAGAGGCUCUCCAAAUUUGAAUCUAUUCGUCAUUCAAUUGCUGGAAUAAUUAGGUCUCCAAAAUCUGUACUGGGCUCCUCAGCACUUUCUGAUGUGAUCUCCAUAAGUGAGAAGCCCCUGGCGGAACAAGAUUGGUACCAUGGUGCAAUUCCCAGAAUAGAAGCACAAGAUCUGUUAAAGCAACAAGGAGACUUCUUGGUGCGCGAGAGUCAUGGGAAACCUGGUGAAUAUGUCCUUUCUGUAUAUUCUGAUGGACAGAGGAGACACUUUAUCAUACAAUUUGUUGAUAAUCUGUAUCGAUUUGAGGGCACUGGGUUUACAAACAUCCCUCAACUAAUAGAUCAUCACUACACAACAAAACAAGUCAUCACUAAGAAAUCAGGUGUAGUUCUGCUGAAUCCUAUUCCUAAGGAUAAGAAAUGGAUUCUCAAUCAUGAAGAUGUCACAUUGGGAGAAUUACUAGGCAAGGGAAAUUUUGGUGAAGUAUAUAAGGGCACAUUAAAGGAUAAAACUAAUGUUGCUGUUAAAACAUGUAAAGAAGAUCUUCCUCAGGAAUUGAAAAUAAAAUUUUUACAAGAAGCCAAAAUUCUCAAGCAAUACGAUCAUCCCAAUAUUGUCAAACUCAUAGGAGUUUGCACACAAAGACAACCUGUCUACAUCAUUAUGGAACUGGUUCCAGGAGGUGACUUCCUCUCCUAUCUGAGAAAGAAGAAGGAUGAACUAAAACUCAAACAGUUGGUGAAAUUUUCCCUAGAUGCUGCUGCUGGUAUGUUAUAUCUCGAGAGUAAAAACUGUAUACACAGGGACCUUGCUGCAAGAAACUGCCUCGUAGGUGAAAAUAAUAUUCUAAAAAUCAGCGACUUUGGAAUGUCUCGUCAAGAGGAUGGUGGGGUAUAUUCAUCUUCUGGCUUAAAGCAGAUUCCCAUUAAAUGGACAGCACCAGAAGCUCUUAAUUAUGGAAGAUACAGUUCUGAGAGUGAUGUAUGGAGCUUUGGCAUCCUGCUCUGGGAGACCUUCAGCUUAGGGAUCUCUCCGUACCCUGGAAUGACAAAUCAACAAGCACGAGAGCAAGUGGAAAGAGGAUACCGGAUGUCAGCCCCUCAGAACUGUCCAGAGGAAAUUUCUAAAAUUAUGAUGAAGUGUUGGGAUUAUAAUCCUGAAAACCGUCCUACAUUCAGUGAACUUCAGAAAGAGCUUACUAUCAUCAAAAGGAAAAUCACAUAGUCAGUGCCAAGCUCAGCCUUCAAGACUCUGUCCUCCAGCAGAUUAAUAGUGUUCUCGUUAAUGAUGAGUUUAUACCAUAUUGCUGGCAACCAUCCUGUAAGGUUAUUAUUAUUUUUUUUAACUAUGUGAAAUGCAGAUUUAUCCAAGAAAUAGUCCUACCAAGGCCUUUUUUGGCUAACCAAGCGAUCCUACCAUUUCAGACCACUGUAAAUAGAAAAGCACAGGUUCUAAACAUGUGAAAGAUUUAAAAAAAAAAAAAAAAACUGUUUUUUUCACACCUAGGACCACUGAUGUUUCUCCAUCAGGCACAGUUUGUGGGCUACUAUCCUAUGCCACAGACCCUACUCAGUUGGUGCUAUAAGUUUUCACAUUCCAAACACAGCUGGCUUUCAACUCUGUCAAGGUGAGAGUCUGUCUGUAAAUAGACACUUGUAGGAGGAAUUAUUUGGAAUGCGCAUGACUGUGGGGGGUUUUUUUGGGUUUCUUUUUUUUUUUUUCGUUUUGACAGAAAUAAGCCCAAUAAGAAUCAUCAUGCUCCUGCACUGUCAAUUCCCUCAGCCUGAAUAUGAACUGUCCUCAGAGCACCCCUUUAAAGGAUGUUAGAUUGCUGAGACAGCAAGAAGUAUAACCAGCAAGGUAGUCUGGGGGGAAAGAGCAGCUAGAGUGGUGCUCAACUUAAAUGAAAAUAUAAAGGUAUGUUUUAUAAACCCAUGCAUGUCCAUUUUAAUGUUGUCUGAAUUCACCAAAAAGGCCCCAGGAGUCCUCUUAAUGGCAAGAAAUUUUCAAAGCUCUACAGGGUACAAGUGACAGUUAAGUAUCUUCCUCAUAGAAGGGUCAUUCCCUCCAGUUGUACCAGUUUCCAGAGCUGUCAGAAGUCAUGGUUCUAGUUCACAAAUAUUUGUGUAUGUCUACACCCUACUGAAGUACAAGGCGGGUGUGAAUUAAAUAGAGGGUUCAGAAAUCAAAUGAGUACUAAUGAGAAAAGAAAGCCCUGAUCUUUCCACUUUUCUUCAUUUACCCUUAUCAUGCUUCCUAGAAAUCUUCAGUAGCUGACAGGUGUGCAAGUACAGUGCUCAAAAUGUACCACCAUAAAAACUAGGAUUCUUUUGAGGUGAAUCUUAGUGCAUCCAGGCAACUUACCCAACCAUCUAUAUGUAGGAGAUGGUCAUGUUUAGGGGUAAAGGUGGCCUAGAAGUCUUUUAUAAGUGCUUGAGGCUGUGUCCAGAUAUAUAUAUCACCUUAGGAAUUAUUGGGAAGAGCUUAAGAGAUAGAACAUUCCUUUCUCUCACUGUUUGCUGCCUGUGAAUACCAUUGUGCAGAACUCAAGAGAAGAAUGACUUGUGUCCAUUGCAAAUAUCCUUGCAAAUUUUGUACCCUUUCAAUGAUUAGCACAUUCAGACCAAAAUGAAGGAAUAAUAAAUUUGCCUUUAACAUUACAAAACUUCUUUUUAAUCAGCAUAGUUCUCCCUAAGGUCAAAUAUUAUAAGUACAUGGAACUUUCUUUUGAUAGCAUUAAGUAGACAAGACAUUUCAACCCCUUUCCAUACUUCCAAGUGAAUCUGUUUUUAAUUUUUUUUUUUUUUUUAAAUAGCCAGACUCUGUUCACUUAGGCCUCAACACUAAGCUCUCAGCAAGGAGAGAAUAAUGGCUCCGACUUUAAUUUUGUGAACAAAACCCAAAGCUUAAUCCUUGCAUUCUGGUGUAAAGAAUGAACAUGGUAUUGAUAUUUCACUCACUCAGGCUGUUAGAAUUUGCAAUUCACAUCAUAGCUGUUUAAAUUAAAAAAGCUUUUCAAAACAUCAUGACAUCUGCAGCAUUUAAAUUCUAUUUUAUUCCUUGUCCUGAAGCAGGUUGUGCUACAGUUCAAGAUUAAUAACUCAUUGGGAGUCUUUCAGGAUCAUAUCAGUUGUAUAGAAUAUUAAAUUUAAUAUAGGCUCAUGCAUUAAGAAAAGCUUAUGCAAACAUUUUUUACUGUUAAUUUUGUUAUGCUUCAAGCAUAAUUUAUUCAUCCCUUCUGUCACUGAUAAUUAUUGGAAUUAUGUACUUUAGGAGGCUAAUCCAUACCCAGAAAGCACACAAAUACUGUUCUGAAUUUGCAAGUUGAUUCAGGGAAAAGAGAGGGUUCAGAAAUGCACCAAAUCCUAUGAAUUGUUUAAUUGUAACCAAAAUUUCCAGUGGUCUGAAUGCGACUCUGGUCAUAAAUCUUUGUUAUAUGCAACUCUUAGAGUACUGAUAUCAAUGGAUCAUCUAUUUCUCCCUUCUUAAGUCCUUAAAUGCAUUAAUCCAUGAUGGGAGGUGUAGUAAGGACAGGCAAUCUGACUGUUACCUGAACUAUCGACCUGGAAUCACCAAGGAGUCUUGUUGGGGAUUUUUUUUUUUUUAAAUCACCAUUUAUUAUUAAUCUGAAUGCUAAAAUUUUAUAUUCCAUAUAAUCAAAGUUAUCUCAAAGCCAACAUUUUUUUUCUUCUGGGAAAAUAAAUAUUAUUGGGUUUUGUUUAAGUUCUCAGAAACAGAUUUCAGCUUCUCCUGCCACAAAGUUCCUAGUGAAAAGACUCAUUUAUUUAUCUUCUCUAAUUUGUAUUGGCGGGGUUAUAGCUCAGUGGUAGAGUGAGUGGGUUGGAUCCUCACCACCAUAUGAAGAUAUUGUGUCCAUCCACCAUUAAAAACAUUCUUUAAAAUUAUAUAUAUGCAGUAUAGUGUUCCCCAUCCAUAUUUCACCAAUUUCAAUAUUAAAAGAUUUCCUAGCUGAUCAGCAUACACAGGAGCCUACUUGUGUCAGGUGUUAUUCAGGAUUACUUAGAAGACAAAAAUGUCGUUGAAAUAGUUCUGUUUUCCUGACCUUUACUUCAGUUUCACCAUAUAGUUUUAAAACGUUUAACUAGUACCACUAAAGUAACUUGAAUGCCAUUUUUGUGAAGCCAGGGUCUGUAAAGUGUUCUAAUUGUAACAUAGUACACACUGAGUACCUUGUAAACAAAAACUAGAAUGCAGGACACCUAACUGAACCACAGUGACAUACAACACAGAUAUGAGUUACACCACUUGAGAUGCUUUAAGACUGCAUCUGAACAGAUUUCAUGUAUACUAUUUACCUGACAUCACCAAGGAGCCUUGGUGGGGGAUUUUUUUUUUAAUCACCAUUUUAUUACUAAUCUGAAAUCUAAAAUAAUCUUAUAUUCCAUGUAAUCGAAGUGGCUGUGUGUCCUCUACAGUAGGAUUGAUAUCUUAGAAGAGUUGCCUCAAACCUCUUUUUACACACACUCCCUUUGUCCCACCAGUGAUAUUAGAUGUUUCUCAUCAUCAACAGAACUGAUUGUCCUGUGUAUUCUGAGUCAUGGAAAGACCAGCAUGUAAGAAGUCAGUCCUUUCACAAAAGAGAAUACUGAAAAAUAAGACCGUGUUUUCUUUAUUAAUCUCAAGGGGAAUCAAAGAUUUUGUAUGAAAAGGAGAUAAUAUUUCCAUUAUAGUACUAAGUUAGCAUGAAAGUUUACUAUUAAAGUGUUACCUCUUGUUACUGACUUGCUUAUACAUACCAGAAGUGUUUCAUUAAAGAUUUUUCCUCUGGUUUUGGUUAGUUUCACA